AUGGAGUCACUUGUCUAUGAAAACUCACCUUUGGCCGAAUACCUUCAAGGGGAAGGUGAACCGGAAGAAAGCUGGCCGGUUGGUGACACACACAUGGAAGAUGAAGCAGACCACCCCUCUCCCGAUUUUGCCCCCCGGGGCGCCUCGAAAUUUCAGGAACGAGUUCGCAAUAAGCUACCCAAGCCACUCGACCUACGCAAUACACGGCAGGGAGCAGUGAUUGGAAAACUAUACAGUGCUUGCUCAUCUGCUGUAAACGCACGCAUUGGACGAGGGGAUAACGAACGCUUUCUGGAACAAUUUGGAUACGUUAUCGUCGCAUCGCAAUUAUUAAACGAACACAGCGCGCCCUCCUACACAUCAGCCGCAGAUGUAUUAUCGGCCUCGCAACCAUCAGACCUUCCCUCCCUCUCUACGACAUUCGGCCUCCACGGUGCUAUUGUUACGGCUACAACAUCGUUCUCCAUAGCCUGGUUGCUCAACUGGGGCCGUUCACGGACAGGAUCUGGAAUAAAUCCAAAGAGAGUGGGGGUUCUUUUAAUAUUUGUCCCCGUUCUUGGGAUCAUAUUUUAUGCCUUUGCCAAGAGACAAUGGCUUAAAUACUUGCGGCACCAGGCUGUUGAGGCUGCGGGUACUUUUAUUGGAAACGCCCAGGGUUUCGACUCGGCUGCUUCGGCCUCCGUGGUCUUCAUACAGGAGGUAGAGCUCGUUUCCAGAGGCUACCGGAUAAGCACACCUUUACCCCCAAUCAGUCGGCUGGAAGAUCAGGUGCAGACUCGCCGUUGCCUACGACUUCGGAGAGCAGUAUCAGAAUGCUUUUGGUCAAUGCUCGAACGAUAUAUCCGAUCCCAAAAUACGCUGCGUCCACUCACUGACGACGCCAAUCUGGCCAAAUAUUACGACAUCUACGAUAUUGCGUUGGAAGACCUCGAUAAUAUUGAGUUAACGCUGUCACAGCGCAGCCUAGAAGACCAAUAUUCUUUGCGCUCUCUACGGGAUUUAUUUGGAAAGCUUUAUACCGCUAGGAAAAGUGUGUUGUGCUGUUUAUUAGCGCUCAGUGCCGAUGGCGGUGGAUCUGACAUCGCACGAUGGAGCUCCGCUGUGGAAGAGAUGCGAGAGCUUGCUGCGGUCACUGGGACAAGUAUGAGCAAGAUGGCAAGCAUUCUAAACGAAGAAGACAGGGAUGCUCCGAUUCCUCCGUCCCCGUUGCCUUCGGCGUCCCCAAGCAAGGAUAAUCUGCGCGCGCAGGUCCGAAGAUUGAACUCCUUGUCUCAAGGCGUUCGUGCCUUGCAUGCCAAAAUGCACAUUAUCGGCGAGGAGACUAAUGCCAAUCUCGAACGUCCCAACACCAGUGAAUUUGAAUCAAAUCUUCUCUCCCAAUACGACCUUAUCGGCAGUGACAUUCGGUCUCUACUUGAAGAAUGGGAAGUUGGUAAAGCCGCGAUCGUGAACAGUCAGGAUCGCCUCCAUGCCACAGACUAUGCACGACCGCCAAGCACCAGCUUCCCCAUGUCACCCACGCCUAGCCUUGGAGGAACCACCGCAGUUGAGGGUAGCCCCACUGAUGCUCUCAAAGCCUUGACUGGGGAAGGUCGGCCCGACUUGACGCACAGUUACGACGACGAGGAGAUCUUUGAGGCAGUCGUCCUUCCUACUUCCCGAAAUAAACGCGCAUCACUCACACGAGAUGAGCGACUGGCACGCGUGCGUGAAGAACGAGUCCGGCAAGCUACCGUUCGGGAGAAGGUAGAUGCCAAUACCAACAUGUUGAAAGAAUUGGAGAUGGUCAUUCAGCAACGACCGAGGAAUAACCAUUCCAAGCGAGUGACCAUGCUUGAAGCACGACUUGAACAGGCUUCCCUCCUGAAGCGGGUUGUCGACGCCAUCAAGGACCUUGUCCAGGACUGCAACUUCGACUGCAAUGACUCUGGUAUCGCCCUCCAGGCAAUGGAUAACUCCCACGUCGCUUUGGUCUCUAUGCUGCUCCGCGCCGAGGGUUUCUCUCCCUACCGCUGCGACCGUAAUAUCGCCCUUGGUAUCAACCUCACCUCCUUGACCAAGGUCCUGCGCGCCGCUCAGAAUGAAGAUAUCCUCACCUUGAAGGCGGAGGACUCCCCCGAUUCCGUCAACCUGAUGUUCGAGAGCGCCGAGACCGACCGUCUUAGCGAGUAUGAUAUCAAGCUUAUGGACAUUGACCAGGAGCACCUGGCUAUUCCUGAGACUGAAUAUGCUGCCUCCGUGACUAUGCCAUCUGGCGAGUUCCAGCGUAUUUGCAGAGAUUUGAACGCUCUCUCCGAGUCCGUUGUUAUUGAGGCCAGCAAGGAGGGUGUCAAGUUCUCUUGCUCCGGUGACAUUGGUAACGGCUCUGUUACUAUUCGUCAGCACACCAGUGUCGACAAGCCAGAACAGAACACCACCAUCAGCCUGACUGAGCCCGUGGCCCUCACUUUCUCUCUUAAGUACCUUGUCAACUUCUGCAAGGCCUCCAACCUUUCUACCUCAGUCACCCUCCACCUGUCUCAGGAGGUCCCACUCCUGGUUGAGUACAGCCUUGGCAGCGGCCACUUGCGGUUCUACCUGGCCCCUAAGAUUGGCGACGAGGAGUAG